CGGAAAUGCGUGUGCUAGCUUUCUGUGUGCUUAGGUGCCCGAGCGACUGAGGGUCUAAGUCCGGGCAGCCGAAGAGUGUGGUAGGUAACGGUCGUCAGCGCAAGGGUCAUUUCGUCGCUGGGAAGGGACGGCCCUCGCCCGCGGUGAUGGUGGUUAGCAAGAUGAACAAAGAUGCGCAGAUGAGAGCAGCGAUUAACCAAAAAUUGAUAGAAACUGGAGAAAGAGAACGCCUCAAAGAGUUGCUGAGAGCUAAAUUAAUUGAAUGUGGCUGGAAGGAUCAAUUGAAGGCACACUGUAAAGAGGUAAUUAAAGAAAAAGGACUAGAACACGUUACUGUUGAUGACUUGGUGGCUGAAAUCACUCCAAAAGGCAGAGCCCUGGUACCUGACAGUGUAAAGAAGGAGCUCCUACAAAGAAUAAGAACAUUCCUUGCUCAGCAUGCCAGCCUUUAAGAUUGAAUUAGAUUGUGUUGUUCUGUGGUUUUAUUUCUGAAAGUAAAACUUGCCAUAAAUUAGAAAUCAAUUUCCCAAAACAAAAUCCUUUUUUGUAUGAUGGUAUACAGUUUUCAGUAAUGAUGUAUACAUUGUAUUGAUUUUUUUCCCUAAAUGUGUUAUUUUAAUAAAUAUCUCAUGAAUAAGUUUGAAGUUUGCUUGGAUUUUGGAAUAAAUGGGACUUUGUCUUUAUUACUAAUUUACCAGAUCUGUUGAGAGAGAAAGCAAUUAAUAUAGUUUAAGUAUUUAAUAUGUGCUGUUCUCUGUGUUAACAGCUGAGACGUAAGCAGCCUUUUCUGACUGUCUGCAUAUGGUGUCUUUCUCUUUUGAAUCCCCAUGUUUUAUAAAUUGUAAUGCCCCAUCUUGUACUGCAGUUGUCUUAUUGUUUAUAUAAACUCUGAGGGUUAAGACGGGG